AUGAAGAUCACUAUUUGGAAUGUCAAGGGUCUAUCGACCCCUGACAAAAGACACUUGGUUAAACAAGCAUUGGUAAGAAGCAACAGUGAUAUAAUAGCCUUCCAAGAAACAAAGAUUGAUAAAGAGAAGGCGAUUAGUUUUAUCAAGUCUUGUAAGGUCUGGGAAGGUAUCUUUCAAGAAGCCAUAGGGACUGCUAGAGGGUUGGGUGUUAUUUGGAAUCCUUCUCUGGUCAAAGUAACGCUCUUAGAGAAAGUUGAACAUUGGAUGCUAUGCACAGUUUACAGUUUCAAGGAGAAUUUGAACUUCCCUUUAAUAAACGUCUACAGACCAACAAAAACUCUAGAAAAGACACAGGUUUGGCAGGUCCUUACGAAUAAAAUUUCAGUCCUGGGGAAUGACAAGAUAGUGGUGGUAGGUGAUUUUAAUGCCUUGCUAGAUUUGGAUGAGAAAAAGGGUGGCCUCAGAAUGUCAAAUAAGGUUAUGGAAGAUUUUAGAGAAUUUGUCAUGCAUAAUCAAUUGUUGGAUGUUGUUCCAAAGAACAGGAUCUUCACGUGA